AUUUUUAGAUUCUUAUGAUGGCUGUCGUUAAGCAUAUUGUUAUUUUAUUUUUAUUCAUAUAAAUGGAAUCAGAGAGGUCCGUUUCACGUGCAAAAAAUGCAAGGAGCAGAUGAAACGAAUGUGUUAUACGUACCUUUAUGUAUACAUGCAUGCAUACACACUGUCCUGCGAUACACAGUAGUGACGUAACGACGCGUCUGUCGCAUUUACCGGUUCAGCAUGAAAAUAGCUAUUCAUCCAUUGACAGCUGAUCCCACGGCAGCCUGGCAUGAAUUAUCUCAGCAUCAAAAAGUUGUUAAAAUAAAUGCUAAAUUGCCGACGACCGAGGCACCGAGCGACAAGUUGCGAGUGGUAUGCAUGAGCGAUACGCACUCGCUCACGCCGUAUAUAAAGUUCGACAUCCCCCUGGGAGAUGUCUUCAUCCACGCUGGCGAUUUUACGAAAUGCGGUAGCUUGCAAGAAGUCAUAGAAUUCAAUAAUUGGAUAGGUAACUUGCCACACAAGCAUAAAAUAGUUAUAGCUGGAAACCAUGAGCUUAGCUUUGACCCCACAUUCACACAUCCUUUUUCUGUGCAUACCAGUGGGGAUCAUCAAAAACAUACAGGAACCAGCAUACUCGACAAUAUACCUACUUUGGGUAUGUCCAAGGAUACUCUCGCGGAGGCUAUUAAAACUACAAAUGUUAAAGAUUACUUGACAAAUUGUACAUAUCUCGAAGAUUCCGAGACUAUAAUAUAUGGAAUCAAGAUAUAUGGUACUCCAUGGCAACCAGAGUUUUGUAAGUGGGCAUUUAACGUGCCACGUGGAGAAGCGUGCCUCUCAAAAUGGGAAAUGAUUCCAUCUGACACAGAUAUCCUCAUAACGCAUACUCCUCCUGUAGGUCAUGGAGACCUAGUCUGCACUGGAAUACGAGCUGGAUGUGUCGAGUUAUUGUCGACGGUGCAGAAUCGUGUGAAACCUAGAUACCAUGUAUUUGGUCACAUACACGAAGGAUAUGGCAUAUCUUCAGAUGGCAAGAUAAUAUACAUUAAUGCAUCAACAUGCGAUCUAAAUUAUCUGCCAAAUAAUCCACCAAUAGUAUUUGAUAUAACAUUACCUGCUGGUAUUCAAAAAUCAUAAAUCUUCAAACGAGAUAACGUCAAUGUAUAUCUACUUCAUUGCAUAAUGGUUGCAUAAUGGUCAGGAAUACUUCAGAUCCUUCUUAUGAGCUUGAAAAACCAUUACAUUAAAAUUAGGGAGUUUCUUGCCUUAUUUUUUAAAUUAUUAUAAUGUAUGCAUAAACAAAAGAUGCAAUCCACGUUACAAAUGCUUCAAAACAUUUGAGUGAUUGAGUACCAAUUAAAACAAAGAAUUUUAUGAAUUGACCACCAUCAACAUGUUUCAAAGCGUUUGUAGCGCCAAGUGGAUCGGAUCCAUAGAAUAUAAGUAAUAAUUUGCCUUUCUUUUUCACACGAUUUGUAAAAAAAAUCUCAACGAUUUAUAAAAUUUCAAUAUUAAGUAAGAUAUAAUUCAAUUUGUAAUCUCUUUCUUAAAUAAAAGUAAAUUGUAUAUUAUAUUGUUUAUUUCUCUUGAUAAAUGUAAAAUUUUCGAUAUCUAUUUUCAGCAAGAGAUUAAAUUGAUAUUUCAAUAUUCUUGUUAAAUAAUGGAAUUGGCAAAAGAAUUUAUUAUUGAAAAUAUGACAUUUUUGGGGAUGUGCUUUAUAUUUCUUAUUAGUAAAAAAAUCACUUUUACUUUUUAUACAUUUAUUGUAAUACCCAUUCGAGUAACAAAUGGCACUUUCUUAUUAAGCCAAAAAAUUUAUGAUCGCUAUCAUAGUCAAGUCAAGCUAAAUCCGCAUUGAUUAUAAAGAAAUAUAAAUAAAAUAAAGUUGCAUU